GGCAGCUACUUCCAGUUCCCCAGCACCCACCCUGCUUGUUUUGCCAGUCAGCAGAGAGGAAUUUAAAACCUUGUGGAAGUUCCCUUUUUUUGUCAAGUGAAGAAACUACAGUUUGUUUUUGUCUUCUUGCCAAACUUGAGUUUAAUCAGCGGAAAAUAACCACUUGACAGCCAUGACAUGCAGACUUUUUGAAGGUAAGGAGCAUGCUGCGUCCUACUGGAAGUACAGGAUCUCUCCUUCAGAUCAUCUGAUCCAACAAGUUCUGGACUUCUUAGAGAAGCAUCGGGGUCGUCCCUUUGGACUGGCUGUGGACGUGGGUUGUGGUUCUGGGCAGGGCACGCGGAUCCUGUCCAAACACUUUACUUCGGUUGUGGGAACAGAUGUGAGUCCUGCUCAGUUGGAAGUGGCUUUGAAGAAAGCCAAAGAGCCAAACAUCACAUAUAGACAAUGUGUGGCUGAAGAGCUGCCCUUCGCUGACAGCUCAGCGGACCUGGUGACGGCCAUGUCUGCUUUCCACUGGUUUGACAGGCCUCGGUUCCUGCAGGAGGCCCACCGGGUCCUGAAGCCCCAAGGUUGCUUGGCUCUGCUCAAUUACACAAUUAACAUGGAGCUCAGCUACCCCCACUGCUGCAAACAUGCACUAAACCAAGUCUGCAAAGAGUUUUACGCAGCUCUGGAACCUUACAGGAGUCCCCACCUUGGUCAAAGCUCUAUUGAUCUGUACAGGGAGGCCUAUGGAUCUAUUCCGUAUCCCAACAAAGAGUGGCAGGAGUGUUUUUGGGACAGAAAAAUUAUGCCGCUGUCCAGCUACAUGGGAUUGGUGGAGUCUUUUUCCAGUUAUCAAGCUUUGCUGAGAGAAGAUCCACAGAGAGCUAACAAGCUCUCCCAGGAUGUAUCUGAGAGGCUGAUGUCUGUAAUGAAAGUGACUUCUGCAGAGACAGAAGUCACAGUGGCUGUCAAGUAUUUCUACCUCCUGGCCUGUAAACCUCAAGAAACCUGACUUCUGGCAGCUCUGCCCUUUUUAACAAAGUCAGGAAAGGCUGCAUCUGCUUUUUCUGGUGCUGAUCAUUUUUAUUCUAUUUGGAGAGAAAGAAUCUCACUGAAGUAACUCUUUGAAAUUUUGUUUUCUGAAAUGUAAAUGAAGUGAUAGCAUUCACAUGUCUUUAAAUAACAGUAGCAAACAUUGUUUUGUUUUAAAAAUGAUCUUUUUCUGUUUCACAUAAUGCCAGUAGAGGGCGACAUUUGAUCAAAUGUUCUUUUGAUUGACUGUGUACGUCAAUCAUAUUUUGGGUAUGUCGCUGUCUUCACCUUUCAUUCUGAAAGUAAAAAUCUGAUAUUUGUGUA